AUGGUUACUACCAUCACUCUUCCAGAUAACUACGGCAAUGUCCUCGCCCUCGCCGUAGGAGUCAUCCCCCUCCUCAACUUCGUCCAUAUCUUCGUCGUCGGGAAGAACCGCCAAAAGUCUGGCAUCAGGUAUCCCCAUGCCUACGCAACUCCUGAGGAGUGCAAGCAGAACCCCGCCGCCCACAGAUUCAACUGUGCCCAACGCGCCCACAGCAACUUCCUUGAACACAUGCCGCUCACCACCCUCUCCGCCCUCGUCGCAGGGCUGAAAUACCCCAGCGCCACCAUCGCCCUGACCGGCACCUGGAUCGUCAUGCGCGCCCUGUAUAUGUACGGCUACGUAUACUCUGACAAGCCGUACGGGAAGGGGAGAUAUAUCGGUGCGCUGCAUACGUUUGCGCAGCUUGGCCUUUGGGGCCUUAGCGCUUUUGGUGUUGCGUUUUCGAUGGUGAAGGGAGACAAUUUCUGGGGAUCGUAA